CCCUCGGAGGCAAAUUUGUAUUUUGUGAUCAUGGGCGAUACAAAAUAAACAGAAUUGAAUUGAAAUCACCUGGGCGGCCCGGGGGAAAACUAUUUUUAUUUUUGUACCUUUAUAUAACCAGUUUAAAUCAAUUGAGAAGUAAUUGUCAUUUACAAAGAAGACGUGAACCGGAGGCGGUAGCACAGUCCACACAAGUGACACACACAGCACAGACACAACACAGAACCACACACACACGAGGAAAUGGCUGUGAACAACAUCGGUACAUUAAUAAACACGACGGACAACAAAAAGAAAAGCGGAUUACUGGAUAUUCUUUGUAAAAAUGGAACUUUAGUGUCAUAACACAUUUAUGUUUCCUGUGUUCUGGACAGCUGGCUCAUCUUCGGAUGUAACAUCGUAAACUUGUGACGCCGUUGCUUUAAAUAACCGUUUCCCCACCAACUCUCUCCUCUUUUGCUCCCGCCCGCCCGCAGACGCCCAGCGCCAUGUUCGCGGAGGUGCUGGUCGCCGUGGCGAUCGGGGGGCUGAUCCUCUUCCUGGUUCGGAGGAGCCCGACCCAGGUGCUGAAGACGGAGGAUGGCUGGUGGGGGGCCGGCGAGCCCCCCGGCGGCGGGGAGGACGUCACCAUCCGGCCCUUUCGAGUCGCCACCAGCGACGAGGAGCUGGAGGACCUGUACAGGCGGAUGGACCAGACGCGCCCCGUCCCCUCCCUGGAGGACAGCCAGUUUAACUAUGGCUUCAACUCCCGGUCCCUGGAGAAGGUGGUCUCCUACUGGAGACACGACUUCGACUGGAGGAGGCAAGUCGACAAGCUCAACCGGUACCCCCACUUCAAAACCAGCAUCGAAGGCAUCGACGUCCAUUACCUGCACGUGAAGCCCGAGAAGGUGCCAGAGGGAUCUGCCGCCAUUCCUCUGGUGAUGGUCCACGGCUGGCCCGGCUCCUUCUACGAGUUCUAUGGACUCAUCCCUCUGCUGACGGAACCGGAGGACCCACAGGACCUCGUGUUUGAGGUGGUGUGUCCCUCCAUACCGGGGUACGGCUUUUCAGAAGCGCCGCAUAAGAAAGGUUUUGAUUCGAUUUGUGCGGCACGCAUCUUCCACAAACUGAUGAAGCGCCUGGGCUUCCAGAAGUUCUACGCUCACGGAGGAGACUGGGGCUGGCUGGUCACGACCAACAUGGCUCAGCUGGCGCCGGGGAUAGUCAAAGGCUUGCAUGUGAACUUUGCCCCGCCCUCCAAACCGGGCCUGCGCGUGGCCUUAUCCGUCAUGCUCGGCCGUCGGUUCCCCAAGAUGUUCGGCUUCACCGACACGGACGUUCAGCGCCUCUUUCCCUGCACGGAGAAACUGGUGGUGGAGUCCAUCAAGGAGUCCGGCUACAUGCACAUCCAGGCCACCAAGCCCGACACUGUGGGCCGAGGACUGAACGACUCCCCGGUGGGUCUGGCUGCCUACAUUCUGGAAAGUUUUCAUGAUUAUUAG